GCCUCUAGCUCUAUCUGCUCCACGCAUGGCCGCUUGCCCCAUUGCAUAAGGCUUCCCGAGCCCAGUCACGAAGCGCGACUGCGGCCCUCCUCCCGCCAUGAGCAAUGCCAUCCCGCUGGCUCUGCGGCCUGCAGCGCGUGCUGCCCGCCAGUGGAACUCGGUGACCUCGGCCUUUGCCCGCAGAUACUGUGUCACCCAGUGCUCGUCCUUCACGCCGGCUGCCUCGUCGCCUGUCCUCUCCGCGAUACGGUCGCCUGCCGCGCCUCGCCCGGUCCGAUCCUUCUGCACGACCCCUCGCAUCGCUGCCAAAGCCGACGAUGCAAGCUUGACCCACCAGGACAUCAUACCGCCACAGCAGGGCCUCCCGCAGCAGAAGCGCACAGUGCAGAUUGGCCAUCUGCCCACCGGACGCGUCUCCGACAAGCAGAUACGCAACAUCUUUGGCGACAGAGUCUCUGGCCAUGCCGGCAACAGCGUGCUGCGCAUCCUGCACCACCGCCGUACAUCCGGCUCGCUCGCCGACUACGGCGUCGACAACCUCGGCGACAAAUACAACGUGAGCCGGGACCAGGCCAUCAAGGCGCUGGAGUGGCUGCGCAACAGGUUUCCCAUCGACGAAGCGCGCGCGGCAGAAGCCUGGGCCGAGAAGGAGGCGAAUCGCAUAGCGUACGAGCUGUGGCUGGCGGACCCGGAGAACGACAGCAAGUACAAGGACCCCGCGCGCGUGUACAGGGAGCAGCAGAAGAAGGAAGCCGAGGAGCGCGAGCAGGAGGCCGAGCAGCAGGAGCGGUCGCAAUAUGGCAUCCUGCGCACGGGAAAGUCGCAGUUCGAGAUCGCCAUCCAGGAGAAGCGGAGACAGAGAUUGGAGGAGAUCACCAAGAAGGCAGAAGAGAAGGAGGCACGCGCUGUGGAGGAGGAGAAGAUGCUCGCGACGGGCGAGUGGGUGCGCACGCCGGGCGGAACGCAGCUCAUGAAGCCCGGGCAGGACACGUACGUCGACGUCUUCGGGCGCGAGCAAGUCAGCCGGCGGAAGGAGGAAAUGGAGAAGGCGCAGAAGGCUGCAGAAACACCCUUCAAGGACCCUGAGGAAAUGCUUGCCCAGACCACGCUGACCCAACGCCUCUACCCCAUGACCGCCUUUGUCCUCGUCGUCUGCCUCGUCUCCUUCGGCUUCGCGCACUACUACGAGCCGCCCGCCCCCUCGUACCGCCUCUGGCCCGACCUCGCCCCCAGCACCGCGACCCUCGCCGCCCUCCUCCUCACAAACACCCUCGUCUGCCUCGCCUGGCGCUGGACCCCCUUUUGGCCCAUCCUCACCCGCUACUUCAUGCACGUGCCGGGCUACCCGCGCGCCGUGCAGGCACUCGGCAACGUCUUUUCGCACGUGCAGUACGAGCAUCUGCUGGGGAACAUGAUGGUGCUCGCCCUCGUCGCGCCCGUGGCCCACGAGCUCGUGGGGCGCGGUGUGUUUCUGGGGACGUACGUCUCCGCCGGCGCCCUCGGCACGCUCGCCAGCCUGUACUGGGCGAAUCUCGGCCGCGGCAGCAUCGCAGCGCACAGCGUCGGCGCGUCGGCCGCCAUCUGGGGCAUCGCCACGCUGUACUGCCUCCUCACCGACACCGAGUCCAUCAAGAUCCCGUUCGGCGGAGAGGUUUCGUUCUGGCCCAAGAUGCUCAUCACGGCGUUUGUCGCGUGGGAGAUUGCCAUGGCGGCGCGCAAGAGCCCGAGCACCAUGGACCAUGCGAGCCAUUUUGGCGGGAUUGCGACGGGCGUCGGUGUCGCGGGGUAUUUGCACGUCACCGGCUUCCACCAGCGGAGGGCAGCGGCCGACACUGAGAAGACGGUGGAUGUGGGCGGGUUGGUGAAGGAAGAGGUGAGCGAGGUGAAGGAUGCGGUGGUCAAGGUGGUUAAGAAGGCUUGAGUAGAAGAGUAGGGCGGUGUAGGAUACUGUACAAGCAUACAUUCAGGUGUAAAUUAGAGGGAGCUAUCCAUCCACGGUGCUGUUGGGUAGAUCAACAUUUUUUUUUUUUCAUUCACGGCAUGGUCUCAACGAUGUACUUGUUCGCAAAAGAGUGCAAUUUGGUAUGUGUGGGUGCAUCUCCAGCGUUCGCUGCCAGAACUAUACACAAAGAAUAUCUAUUUCCUCAUCCCACCCCAUGAAAACGCCAGUGCGAAGCAUCACCUUCACCUCCCUCGACCUAAUCUUAGCCCUUCUUUCAGUCCUGCCCGAGGCUCUCUCUCAAUCCCGAAAAAGUGUUCCUCCGUCCCAAAC